AAUGACAGCUUGUUAAUCCAGUGCGUUUGCUUCGACAACCAUCGGCUGGAGAAGUAGGACGGCUACAGAACGAUUAUUCUCGACGCAAUCAACGACUGAAUCGUGCGAGUUCAAUAUGAAAGCAAUAAGCCCGGUGAGAUCUUUCAGAAAAAACAGCGGUAAUUUGACAGAACACAGUCUUGGAAUCUCCCGAAGCAAGACCCCCGUGGACGAUCCUCUGAGUCUGCUCUACAACAUGAACGACUGUUAUUUAAAACUGAAGGAGCUGGUGCCCAGCAUCCCUCAGAACAAGAACGUUAGCAAGAUGGAAAUCCUGCAGCAUGUCAUCGAUUACAUUCUGGAUCUGCAGAUUGCCCUCGACUCCAAUUCUGCAUUAACCAGCCUCCAUCACCCGCGACCAGGGCAGGCAACAUCCAGAACACCCUUGACAACUCUGAACACAGACAUAAGCAUCUUAUCAUUACAGUCUCCGGAGUUUCCAUCAGACUUGACCACAGAAGACCAGAAGACGCUCUACCGUUAAAAUGGUGUUUGGUUAGGACGGGGAAAACACAGGACCUGGGAACGGACUUUUCCCCUCCAUUUUUGUUCUCGGUCUGGAUUUAAUCUUUAAUUGAUUCAAAAGACUUUUUGCAUAAAAGGACAAUCUUAUGUGAUCGUGUUUAUCAUUUCGGACACUUAUUAUUUAUCGUUAGACUCGUUAGGUCCUUUCUUCAAAUGGAAGAAGCACUAUAUCCCCGACACUGGGAGGAGAAUGAAAGAAGAAUAUUGUCAUGAGGAUUCCAUUUUCCUUUUGUGAAGUCUUCACUUUUUCUGCUAAGGUGGAGCGUGAAUAGGGGACAACACGGUUCGUCGCUGUAAAAAGUUUAGUAGGCUAUGUUUUGUCAGAUCAUUGUAAUUUUGGCACAUUUGAGGACUGGAUGAUGUACAUGACACGGAGGAGUGAAAUGAUGUAAACUCUAAGGGAGUUUUAUCUUGUAUAGUUGUGGAAAUUCCAAAUUUCUGCAAAAGUGUAAAGCUGUACUUAAUUAUGCUGAAACUUUUUAUAAAAGUAAUAUUGUAAAUUGUACCUUUUUAUACAAAAUAAAUCAAAUGCUUUAUUUGACCACCUGCCUCUACUGUAGACUGUACAUUAGUGGAAAGACGGACUGCAGCCUGAACCUUGCUACAAGGGCGAGAAAUGUCAUGUGGUCUAUGGUAUGCAGAACCUCCUGUAUCCAUCGAUGACCUGACCUUAUUGCUAGACUCGUGGUCUGAACACAGAAUUCACUAUUUUAGGUGACUGCAUGAUCAGAACCAUUUCCCCAGCAAUGACUACGCACUACUAAAUUUUGAUGGAAUACAGUUAAAGAUUGAGCUGUACCACAAGGGUUGUACUGACUCACCUCACGCGCUUGAAUUCGCAAUCUCCAUCCUCCAUUGAUGGGGAAAGGAGGCUAGGUCACGAACCUCUCACCUGUGGCAACGUUGACUAAGUAGUUUAACAGGUGUUCUUUAACAGUCUCGCUCACAGUUGGUUUAUUCUUCCUUCAAGGUAUUGAAUGUCACAAACAAAUAUGUAACUACAAAAUUGGGCAACAAGCUACACACAGAAUUGUUACCUGGCGAAAGUCCUUGACAGCUGUAAUAUGCUAACUUUGACUGCCUUUGACCGAAAGUUAAUCAAUGUGCGUUUGCGUGAAGGACAUGAUUGGCUUGUGAGGCAGUUCACUUUCCCUGACGCAUCAAAACAAUUUCAUAUGCCUGUCGGCGAGCCAGUGUGAUCUUUAAAUAAGGCCACCUUGUAGUCACCAUGUGUAAACACUUCUAUACAGAAUCCAUACAUCAACUGAGCAGUUUGUCAAAUGAAAGAGCAUUUAAUAUUAGAAGUUUGUGUCCAUCCUAAGUGGUGUUUGAAAUGUCUAUCACGGUUGUUUUCAUGUUCAUGUCAAAACGCAAUGUUUAUGCUUUAUCAGUAAAAUAAACGACUUUUGUAAGAGUC